CGGCGACUCCAGGCUUUCGCGGUGCUCUCUGUGGUCGGUGGUGACCUGUGCUCUCGCUUUCCCAGGGUCCGCAAGGGUGUUCUCUGGCGUUGCCGGUCAGGUCGUCGCCUGCCCUGCGGGAUCAGGAUGCGCUUCCGCCUCACUCGGGUUUCGGGCGCGGGGCUCGUCCUGUUUUGUCUGCUCCUGGGAGCUGUUCAGUCCUAUGCAUUGCAACUUAAUUUGACAGAUUCGAAAGGUACUUGCCUUUUUGCAAAAUGGGAGAUGAAUUUCACAAUAUCAUAUGAAACUACAAACAAAACUCAUAAAACUGUAACCAUUUCAGAACCUUCCAAUGUGACAUACAACGGAAGCAGCUGUGGGAAUGACCGGAACGGCACCAAAAUAGUGGUACAAUUUGGAUCUGCAAUCUCUUGGGAAGUGAAUUUUACCAAGGAAGCUUCUUAUUAUUUUAUUGACAGCAUCUUGCUUUCCUACAACACUAGUGAUAGCACAACAUUUCCUGGUGCUGCAGAUAAAGGAAGUGUUCCUGUUAACAACAGUCUUCAGACAGUCAAAUUUCCAUUGAAUAACAUCUACAGGUGCAAUAGUUUAUUAAUUUUUAACACGGACUCUGUGGUUCAGCGCUAUUGGCAUAUUCACCUACAAGCUUUUGUUGAAAAUGGCACAGUGAGUAAAAAAGAACACGUGUGUGAGGAAGACAUACCCGUCACCACUGUAGCACCCAUUAUUCACACUACUGUGCCAUCUCCUACUACGACACCCACUCCAACUCCAACACCCACUCCAACUCCAAAGGUUGGAAACUAUAAUGUUACUAAUGGCAAUGCUACCUGUCUGCUGGCUACCAUGGGGCUGCAGCUCAACAUCACUGAGGAGAAGGUGCCUUUCAUUUUUAACAUCAACCCUGCUACAACUGACUUCACUGGCAAAUGUCUUCCUCAAACUGCUCAACUUAGGCUGAACAAUAGCCAAAUUAAGUAUCUUGACUUUAUCUUUGCUGUGAAAAGUGAAAACCGAUUCUAUCUGAAGGAAGUGAAUGUCAGCAUGUAUUUGGCUAACGGCUCAGCUUUCAGUGUUUCAAAUAACAACCUUAGCUUCUGGGAUGCCCCUCUGGGAAGUUCUUAUAUGUGCAACAAAGAGCAGGUUGUUUCAGUGUCUAGAACGUUUCAGAUAAAUACCUUUAACCUAAAGGUGCAACCUUUUAAUGUGACCGAAGGAAAGUAUUCUACAGCUGAAGAAUGUGCUGCUGACUCUGACCUCAACUUUCUUAUUCCUGUUGCAGUGGGUGUGGCCUUGGGCUUCCUUAUAAUUGCUGUGUUUAUAUCUUACAUGAUUGGAAGAAGGAAAAGUCGUACUGGUUAUCAGUCUGUAUAAUCAAAUCAGUCUAGUGCUUCCAUUGGCUAAAAGCCAAGAAUUGCUGUGCGAUUGAGAUUCACAGACUGACUUCAGUGAGUUGCAAGCUGGCUUGGGCAUGAGUAAUACUUCAAAAAUGUAUUAGGACCAGUUUUUCACCCCUUCAUUUUCUUCUCCAUUUGUUAAGAUGUAAUUGAAAGAAAACUUACACUUUAGACUAUGCCUCUUUAAAGUAAAUAAUUUUAAGCAUCUGGAUCCAAUUUUGAAAGCAUUUUUACUGAAGUAUAAUUUUAUAUGUUUCAGUUAGUUGUAUUUUGCUACUUUGAUGUUAUUUGCAAAAUCAAAGAUGGUAGAGAAUUUAACUUGCUUCCUGAAAUAAAGUUUAAAACUUAAUUCAUCUUCUUUGAUGAUAAACCUAAAAUUUGGCUCAAAAUAAGAAUGAGUUUCUUCACCUUCUAAAGAGAAUUAUUUAAAUCUGUGUAAUUCUUUUACUUAAAAACGGGGUAUGGGGUAUAUCCCAAGUGGUACUGCAUGUAUAUGUGAAGUUCUGAAUUCUACCCUUAUAACUGCAAAAACGUUUGUAAACAAAAAUGCACUCAACAGAAAACUCUGCCUGUUUUUCCAUUACUGUGAGAGCUACUAUAUUCUAACAAGGAUUUUUCUUUUUUUCUAUUUUUUUGGGGGGCGGGGCAGGGGCUUCUGCAGUUUGGAACAUAUUGAUUAUAUUUACACUACAAGAUAAAGCAACACUGUCAGCGUUUUGUAAGUGGUUGAUUUAGGAUGGGCUAUGUGUUUUCUAAGGCUGUGAUUUAGAACUGUUUUGCAGCUUUUAACUUGUUUAGAAAGUUAAUUCAUCCUGUAUAACAAAAGAAAACCCCUCCUGUAUACUUUUUGUGCCUCAGUGAGCUCAAAUUGAUAUUUUAAUGCAUUGACUUCUUCCUCUCACAGUUAGCACGUGCUAACUGUGGAAUCUAGUGGGCCCUGACGUGCCAUCCAUCAGGUGGCCGCCUAACCAAAGCUCGGCUGGGAUGAUUUUAGAAAUUUAUUUGAUAAAUGUAUAUCCCUGUAGGGGCCACUAAUGCCUCUGGCUUCUGAAGUAGGGUAAUAGAGACUACUCAUCCUUAUGUUUGCUGGAUUCUUCAGCUGCUGAGUUUCUUGAAGUUUAAUACUGUGCAUGUUUAGGUCCCAAAUGUCAGCUUUGCACACCUGAUAUUAUCAUGAGGCAGAUGUUGAUUUCCUUGAGCUAUUUUCUCUACUAAAAACAGAAGAAUCCAAAGAUCUGCUUCAGAAAUUUUGGUUAAGCCUAAAAUAUUGAUCUUAAGUCUCAGUGAUGUUAGUUUCUCAGUGAUGUUAGUUUGGUAGCAGAUCCCAGGAUCAAGUCCCAAUCUACCUCUAAGCACAGUGCGGCUCCUCACCACUAUGCUGCUGUCAAGAAUUGAUGCCAGGAUAUUUUGCCAUUAACUGCGGUUAUGGAAUUUUGUUAAAAAGAAAGCAAGUUUGUCAAUUUGCUUCCCUAUUGUCUGUAUGUCCACCUCAAAAGCAGAGACUCCCAACUGGGUAGAAUACUGGGUUAUUCAAUCCCAUCUCCUUUAGCAGAGUCAAGUGCUCCAUUUGCUCCAAUAUAUAUAGAAUGGCUUUUAAGAAGAUGUCCUCCAAUGGCUUCCGCUUAUUUGUUAUUUAGUCACUUGAUACAAUAAAGAAUAGUGGCUUUAUUUCAAUACAUAUUUUGGAUGCUUCUCUAGAAGCCUGAUUAAUUAAAUGGACUUUUUGGCUUGCUAAGUAUAUGACUUGAAUAUUCAGAUAGCUUCCAAAAGUAUGGGUUUAUUUAAAACCUUUCUACUUUUGAGCAGGAAACUAAUGUUACUAAUUCUUUAUUAGGUGUCAUGGCUUUAUCGUAGAUAAUUAACAGCAGACAUAUCUUUUAUUCUUUGAGCAGUAAAAUACAAAAUAAUAAUAGGUUAAAAACACUGCUUCAACUCCAAUCAAAUAUAGGAAGUUCAAAGUCUAUGAACUGAGUUGAGUGUUCAAUUAGCUUUUCUCUGUGCAUUCAUUUUAUACCAGUACAACCAGUGGAUCAGACUAAGACUUUGAACUCAUGAAUGGUGAAUCAUUUUCCACCUAAGCCUCUUUGGAAGAACUGAUGCUUGCUGCUCUUUCAAGUUUUGCAUUUGUUCAUUUAAGGAACUAAUGAAUCGGGGACAAAUAAAGUAUGUUAUUCAUUUGAUCUCCUAAUGUGUGAUUUUGGAUUGAUACAUUAAAUCUAAUAAAGGUGAUACAUUCCAUGUCA